AGCGUGAGUACAGAGACCUGGCCGACCAGCUGAGUGACUAUGUGGUCAAGUUACUGGACAGAAUAAGGACACAGAAGGAGCUGGAGUUGGUGCUGAACAAAACAGGAAAACCUCACCAAGAAAAAUUUGAAAGUUUGGCAAGAUUCAAGCUGGCCUUGAACUACAAGGAGAAAAAGGUCAGUGAUUAUACUCUUCGAGAAAAAAAAAUGUUGUACCAUUUUUAAAAUGACUUAACUCCAGGUUGAACGGAUUGUUUAUUUAAUAUCCCUCCCCCUCCACCCCCCAGAGCAUUAAUUACGAUGAUCCCAAUAAGUCAACUGCAAUAAUAGCUCAUUGGGAACCCCCAAAUACUCUUCCAAUAGUUAGCCGAUACCUUAUGAGGAUACUGACGUUCCUGGUUUGAUUGUUGUCCAUCUGUGAGCCAUCCUAUUUCUGCCCCAUCCACCUCUUUGCCGUUCAGCUGUUGCCUAUCCAAAGUUUGCCUAACCAACAGUUGCGUAUCCAACUGUUUGUUGCCUCUCAAACAUGAUCCUAUCCAACUGUUUCCUAUAGAGCUGAUGCCUAUUAAAAUGUAUCCUAUCCAACAUUUUCCCCAUCAAACGUUUUCCUCGCCAAGUUUCUCCUCUUUAACUUUUGGCCUAUCAACUUUUUCCUAUCCUAACUUGUGCCUAUCCAUCUGUUUCCUGUCCAACGUUUGUCUAUCCAACUUUUGCUAUCCAACUGUUGCCUAUCCAACCUUUUCCCAUCCAACUUUUUCCUCUCCAACUUUUUGCUAUACAUCUUAUUUCUAUACAGCUGUUGCCCAUGCACAUUUUACCCAUCAAAUUGUAGCCCAUCCAACUGUUGUCCAUCCAACCGUUUCCGAUAAAAUUGUUGCCUAUCCAACUGUUGCCCAUCCAACUGUUUCCCGUAAAUUUAUUGUCCAUCCAACUGUUUCCCAUCCAACUGUUUCCCAUCCAACUGUUUCCCAUCCAACUGUUGCCCCUCCAACUGUUGCCCAUCCAACUGUUUCCCAUCCAACUGUUUCCCAUCCAACUGUUGCCCAUCCAACUGUUGCCCAUCCAACUGUUGCCCAUUUUACAUGUCUUCCAGUUUGUAGCCCACGCUAGCUGCCAACAGAGAGUGGUUAGGGCGUGGUACAGCCGCAUCGGAACGAUAGAG